UCUGUACUGUGUAGUCGUGUUCAAGAUCGGGGUGUGAAAGUUACUAGUUUACAAUGCUAUAUUUUAAUGAGGCUGUUCAAUGACGAUAGUGUUAUUUUGCCAUCAGCUUGGUCACUACCGUAGAUAAGUUUCUCUUGCUUUUGUAUUACCAACGUGGGUUAAUGUCUCGGGUGUUGCGAGUAUCUGGAUGGUGCUGCGUUCUUGUGUAAGGGGAUCGUAUUGCAAGCAGUCGUUUUUGCGACUUUGAUGUGUGGUGGCGCAGUCUCAGGUGAGAGUAUUGUUCAGUAAGAGGUGAGCGAGCGUGUGUGUAAGUGAAGUGUUUAUCCGGUAAGUGUCCGUGGCGUAUUCUGUGAACCAUGUACGCGAACGACAACAUAAGAGCACUCCACUCUGCGGUAAGAGCGGGCAGUUUGCAUGAUGUCAUGGAAAUUCUGGCGAGAGGCGCAGACGUCGAAGCCGCAGACGUUUGCAAGGUACGAGCAGUUCAUAUUGCUGCGGAGCAAGGCCAUUUGGACAUUCUUAAAGCGCUUAUCGCACGGGGCUGCAAUGUAAAUGCUCAGGCGUCUUGCGUUACGCCUUUGUUUAGCGACGUGGAGCAUGGUCUGACGCCGUUACAUUUAGCAGCAGCAAAUGCUGACCCAAACCUCGUACUCGCUUUGAUCAGUGCCGGCGCUAAUGUUAACGCCAAGAAUAGUUCCAAAGUGUUUCCACUGCACAUUGCCGCACAGCAUGGACAUUUGGCCGUGGUGGAGGCACUAGUUUCAGCAAAUGCAGAGGUAAAUGUCGAGGACGACAAAAAAGUCACCCCUUUAAUUUCUGCUGCGGCGCAGAACUUUGAAGACGUAGCCAAAUUUCUUGUACGUAGCGGUGCUGUUGUCAAUGCUAGAAAUUCAGACCGUUCGACACCAUUGCAUUUCGCAGCAGAAAAGGGUAACAUUGACAUAGCAAAGUUGCUGAUCCACAACAAGGCCGCGAUUAAUGCAAAGAAUCUGAAAGGCUUCACACCACUGCAUGUGGCCAUACAAAACAGACAAGCCGCAGUAAGCGUGUUUUUGAUUAACAGUGGAGCAGAUGUGAAUAUGAGAGAUAACGAGGGCUGGACCCCUUUGCUUAACGUGGCACAGAGCGGAUAUCCAUCAGAAAUUGCCAAACUGUUGAUUGCGAAAGGUGCUAACAUGAAUGCGAGGGACAGGACUGGUAGAACACCCUUGUACCUCGCUGCAGAGAACGAUUUCACUGACAUAGUGAACAUCUUGACCGAAAGCAAGGCUGACGUUAAUGCAACUACCGAUCAAAUGUGGACGUCGCUGCAUAGCGCAGCUUACGAGGGCAAUUUGGAUGUUAUAAAAAUUCUUAUUGCCAGUGGUGCCAAAGUGGAUGCGAGGACCUACAAGCGGACUACACCACUGCAUUUUGCUGCAGACUAUUGGCACGUUGAAGUAGUUAAAUACCUCUUGGCAAAAGGAGCUGAAGUUAAUGCACCCGAUCACACAAACUGGACGCCACUUCACUUUGCGGUGGAUGAGAGUUCCACCCAAGUCCCUCUCAAAACGUCUGGACACUCAGGUGCACAGUCGCAGGACUCUAAACUGAAUACCAUAAAAGCUCUCAUUGAAAACGGAGCAGACAUAAACUCAAAGGGAAGCAACGAUGAAACAGCACUGCUCCUAGCUGUAAAGUAUAGCGAUUCAGCAACUGCUAGGUAUCUACUAGAGAACGGUGCAUAUUACGAUGUGACGAACAAGACUUACCGUGGUGACAUUAUUACUCUUCCACAGAUUGCUGUGCUAAAAAGAAAUGAGAACAUGAUUGCUUUAUUCUGUGCUACUGAAAAGCUGUUUCAAGCUGUAAAAAAAGCCAAGUUUGCAGAAAUUGAAAAAUGUGUUCAAGAAGGGGCACCAGUCAACAGUAGAAGUAUCAAGUAUGAAACACCACUUAUGUAUGCAUCCUGGAAAGGACAUUUAGCCGUUGUUAAAGUUUUGCUUCAAACUGGGGCCAAUAUUAAUUUGAGCACCAGUAAUGGAAUUACUCCUCUACAUUAUGCAGCAAAAUUUGGGCAUCAUGAUAUACUGUGUACCUUAUUGCAGCAUGGUGCAGUAUACAAUGCAAGAACCAAGAAAGGCAAAAAAACACCAUUACAUUUCGCCCAAGAAGGAGGAAAGAAAGAAGUUGCAGAGACCCUAGGACUAAUUGAAUGUAUCUUUAUUAGAAUAAGUAAAAAGGAUAACACAGUGCUAAAAGAGUUAAAUGAAUUAAAGGAAAUAAAAUAUGCUGAAUUUCUUGCCAUAAAAAACUGCAAAAAUGUAAAUGAAGAAACUGUGAUGCAAAUAGCUUCCAAAAAUGGAUAUGCGGAACUUUGUAAAUUGUUUUCUAGUUUGUAAUAUAGUAGAGUACUUGUUUAUUACUCAUUUAUAUCAGUGAAUGGUCUGACAAAAGCAGUUAACGUUACAUGAUGUGGUAUUGAUUUUCCAAGAUUUUGUAUACUAUGAAAGGAUAUUUUACUGUUGUAAACAGCAAAGUAGGAAUCGUCAACGGAUUCACAGAAAAUAAAAUUGCUUCCAGUGUAAUUACAAACGGUGUACAUUGAAGAUGUUUAAAUGGUUAUAUUUCACUUUAUUCUUGUGAUGGUUCAUUGAUAAAUAAUAAAGCUAAGGUUUCCACAUCUGUCACUGCUUACCAGAUUGCUUUGUAUGCCACAGUGUAUCAGUACCUGUACUCAUGUUUGAGCAAGUUGGGGUUAACUGGACCUAUUUUAUUCUUCCCUUCAAAUCUUACUUAAAAAUUGUCUUUUUAAAAGUUUUAUUCAUUAAUUUGGUGAAAAACUUAUACAAAAUUUAUAGGUGCUUUCAUUUUUGCAUUAUCACACACAGAUUUUACAGAAUUGGAGAAGAACUUUGACCUGUCUUUUGAACUGUUUAACCCCAGUGGCUGUGUUAACUGGACCAUAUGUCAGGGUUAAAUUGACCUCUUGGUUAAAUAAAUGAAUUACAGGAGCUUAAAUGCAAAAUGUUGCUCUGACAACAUUAAUAAAAAUUCUAUACACACAGUUAUAAGUAUAUUAAUGAAAAAAAUUGUGGAAAUAACAAAACUAGUGCACAAUUAAUUUAGCAUCGUUAAUCUGGAACCAAAUCUCGUUUUCAUAGUGAGCUGUAGAACCACGUAUUGGAUUGGGUAGUUUUGCAAUUAUUUAAUUUCAAGCAAAAAAGGUAUCAUUUUCUUCUGCAAUUUCAUAUAUUGUA